GCCCAUCUCAUUCCCUGUCCUGGACCCUGGCGCUUUAGCAAGAAGACAGCGACAGAAGAAACCUUAAGAAGCCAUGGCUGGGGAGCUUGAAGCAGGGAGGCCCACAUGGAGCAGGCAGAUUGAGUUCACUUUGGCUGGGAUAGGCUGUGCUGUGGGCCUAGGCAACAUCUGGAGGUUCCCUUACCUUUGCUAUCGGAGUGGUGGAGGUGCGUUCCUGGUGCCCUACCUGCUGAUGCUGGUUUUGCUGGGCAUUCCUCUUCUCUACAUGGAGCUGACCGUGGGUCAGUACCUGAGGAAGGGACCUGUCCAUGCUAUGGCCAAAGUGUGCCCUCUGCUGAAAGGUGUGGGCGUGGCCACAGUGGCCAUCUCGUUCAUCAUGUGCACGUACUAUAAUGUGAUCAUCACCUGGGCCCUGUACUACCUGUUCAGCUCAUUCCAGAGCCGGCUGCCCUGGCAGAGCUGUAAUAACACCUGGAACAGACCCAACUGCACCGACUACGCCACCACCAGCUCCUCCACGUCCACCGCCAGCCAGCAGUUCUUCAAUUAUAAAAUGCUGGAGAGGACUUCAGGAGUGGAGGAGACUGGUAGUAUGAGAUGGGAACUCUUUCUCCUCCUGCUGUUGGCAUGGCUUCUCGUCUACUUCUGCAUCUUUAAAGGGGUCAAGUCCACUGGAAAGGUGGUGUACUUCACAGCUCUUUUCCCUUACGUGAUCUUGGUGGCCCUGCUUAUCAACAACGUUCAGCUCCCUGGGGCCACAGCAGGUAUCCGGUUCUUCAUCGUGCCUGAGUGGGAGAAGCUACUGUCUGUGGAGGUGUGGGUGAAUGCAGCUGCUCAGAUCUUUAACUCCAUUGGGAUCGGCUUUGGCUCACUCAUGGCCAUGGCAAGCUACAACUCCUUCAACAACAACGUGCUGAAGGACACCCUGGCCAUCGCCAUCACUAACUCAUUGACUAGCAUUCUGGCUGGGUUUGUGAUAUUCUCUGCGUUUGGCUACAUGUCUUACCUGCAGAAUAUUCCAGUCAGCGAAAUUGCAGUUGAUGGUCCAGGCCUGGUGUUUGUGGUUUACCCACAGGCUUUUGUGACGAUGCCAGUGGCCCCAAUGUGGGCAGUGUUCUUCUUCUUCAUGCUCCUCUGCCUUGGCCUGGACAGCCAGUUUGCAAUGGUAGAAGUAAUGGUGACCAGUUUGAUGGACAGCUACAGCAAGCCAUUGCUGAAAUACCUCAGGCAAAAGGAACUGCUGGUUUUGGUAGUGUGCAGCGCGGCUUUCCUCCUGGGCAUCCCUCAUGUCAUGCAGGUUGGGAUUUAUGUGUUCCAGCUGAUGGAUCACUACACUGCCAUAGUGUCCAUCAUGUUCCUGGCCUUUUUCGAGGUGGUGGCCGUUUGCUGGUUAUAUGGGGUAAGGCGUCUGUCCAGUAAUUUAGAGGAGAUGACGGGGAAAAAGCCCAACAUCUUUUUCAGAGUUUGCUGGAUAUUGAUCUGUCCUUUACUGGUGACGAUAAUUCUAGUGUUCUCAGUGAUUCAGUUCAAACCAGCACGCUAUGAGAAUUACAUGUACCCGGCCUGGGCUCAGGGCAUCGGCUGGGUGAUCGCCAUGACGUCCAUUAUCUGGAUACCACUGGCAGCGCUGCACACGCUGUGGGUUCUGCCAGGUUCCUUCACUGAGAAACUGCGAAAGUCCAUCAGACCGUUUGCGCUGGAUGAAGCCGAGCUGAGCCCGUACUACCUCCAGAAGAGAGGUGUGCUGGAAGUGACGUCGAACCUCGCUGUUAUCAGCUCAAUCGUCCCUCUGCCUGAAAAACCUCCAAUCCAGACCAAUUUGUGACCUGGUGAUCUCAGACUCGCUCCCAGGCUACAGCAGCUCUGGACCUUGCUUUGCUACGGGUCAGGUCUGGUUGUCAUAACUGCUCUGGUGAAGUGUGGAGAUGCAGAAGAAAGGCUUUAGAACAUUUACAAGACUUUGCCUGAUUUUGAAGUUUCUUGCCUUGAUUUUCAGCCAGGAAAAAUGGACUAUGCAAGGCUCCAGCAAUCAACUAUGGAUUUAUGUAAAUCAUACUCAGUUUUAAAACAUUUUUUCCCCAAAGACAGCCUACCUUCUAAAAUUAGCCAGAGUGAGUCUCAAAACAGAAAUGCAACUUCCUGGGCAAGAAAAAUGAUCUGGAAUCCCGCUGAGCCAUCUUGCUGCACUCCAUACGCCAAUCUCAAGAAACAUAUGCCAGUUUCUCUAUAUGUAAAAGUUGUACAUGUGGAACCACUUUUAUAUCAUGUUUUAAUGUUAUUUAAUUAUUUUAUGCAAUCGUAACAUAUACAAUGUACAUUUAUACACGAGACACUAAAAGAUGUUUAGAAGAUUUCAAGUAUUUUGGAAAAAGCAAGGAGCUAUUAAAUCAUUUUAUACUAUAAUUAUGUACUUACAAUCACAUUUGUCCUACGCCAAAUUCUUGGAUCACCACUUUUCAAAUAUAAGACAUUUUAGAUGUUAAUCUUAUUCUAACUUUAUUCUUAACAGUGCUCUCAGCCUCUAGACUACACUUUAGUUUCCUACUAAUUAUUUGGAAACUGUAAGAUUGUAUAAUAUUGGCCUAUAUGAGUCAUUUUACGCAUUUAUUGACAAAAUUGUUUGUAUAUUAUUCAACACAGCGAUUCCAAACUUUGCGUUUGGCGCCACUUUCUGGUCAGAGAAAAUAUUGCAGAAUGUUUUCUAACUGUGAAUUUAUAUAAACACUAAUUUAAACAUUUUAA